AUGUAUAUGGCUGAGUUGGUGCGUGAGGCGGUUUUAGAGAUUGUCUCCAACCAGGCGAUGUUUGAAGGUAGAACUACAACCGCCAUGAACACAGAGUACGCCCUCAAAGCCAAACACUUGUGGCUGGUCGAGUCAGACAGAAGUCCGUCGUAUGAUGGCGUCCGGGCUGUCCUGACCGGGGUGCUGAACGUGACUGACCCGUCGGACAUGGACUGCGAGCUGUUCCGGUACGCGUGCCGGUGCGUGACCAGACGGUCUGCAAACCUGAUCGCUGCUGGGCUGUCAGCCGUGCUGAAGCGGACUGGACUGCCUGUCACGGUGGUCAUGGACGGGUCCGCUUUCAAGACGCACUCCGAGUACGCGCUCGCGGUUGGUCACAAAGCGCGGCAGCUGACACGCCAACAGACAAAGUUUACGUUGCGGACAGUCGAUCACACGCAAGGCCAGGAUGCGCGGAUUGUGGCCAGGAUGUUGGCCACAAUCCCCGUGAAUCCGGCAUAA